CCAAGUAGGUAUAUAAGAUGCUGGCCAUCGCCUCCUGUCUUCACCAGCAUUCAUCUCUCCUCAAGGAACAGAAGAGCAACAAUCAUCUAACAGCAAGAAUGUCCGCUAUAAACUCAGAGAAUCCCUCCACGCUGGAGAACGCCAUGCAGCUGAUGAUCCAGACGUUUCACAAGUACUCUGGGAAUGAGGGCGACAAAUAUACUCUCAGUAGGCAGGAACUCAAAGAGAUGCUAACGCAGGAGCUGGGCAACUACCUUGGGAAUGCACAGGAUAAGGAUGCGGUAGAUAAAGUUAUGGGAGACUUGGAUUCAAACAAUGAUGGUGAGGUGGACUUCACAGAGUUCGUCAUCCUCGUGGGCGCCCUCACUGUCGCCUGCAAUGACUUCUUCCUCGAGUAUCACGAAAAGGAUGAAAAGAAGGGUGGCAAGAAAGAGUAGAGCUGGAUUUCUCUGAACAAAAGCCAACACAUGACCAGUAAAUGAUGAUGAGGGGGAAAUGGGGGGAGAAAGGGAAUAUUUGUGUGUAUGAAUCUUGCUUACUGAAAAAAGUUCCACAUCAUCUCUUCAUCCAUGUUCAGUGCAAUCCUUGGUUCACAAAAUGCUCCAUCACGAGGUGAUGUUUCCAACCCCUAUUUGAAAUAAAAGCAUAAGGAAUGA